GUUCCAGAAUAUCCACGAGAACGAUGUCAGACGAGAAGUUUGAGGUCAAAGAAAGCGACAUGGAAGAAGCGGAGCAAUCAGUGGUCGUUGCUGUGGUUCGAGAAGCACAGAAAUUGUACAAUAUCGACAAGGACGUUGCAGCUUAUAUAAAGGAAGAACUCGAUAAGCAAUUGAGUCCAACGUGGCACGUUAUAUGCGGAAAAUGUUUUGGCUCUAGGGUAUCAUACGAGAUGGGCCAUUUCCUACUUCUUAAAUGCAAUAGGGUGAACGUCAUGAUCUUCAAAUGCGGUUACUAGAACAGAGGAACAGAAUCUAUACAAAAUAUAAUUAUACUGUACAUUCGAUUGUAUAAAUCUUGCCAAGA